AUGGCAACAAUCAAUGACAUACGUCAAUUUUUGUUUCGCGCCUUUUCCGGAAACAAAAGUCCCAGGCAAAGGAAAAGGAAGGAGUCGCACCACCACGUGAACAGCGUCAUCCAAUCAGCUGGACAGCUAAAAUUUGUGCAAAACAAAACUAAUCCAUCAAUUGCUCAACUUAAACUGAAGCCGAAUUCUUUAAAACUAAUUAAGAUACCAACCAACAGUGAAGGGAUCGAACAGAUACCUACAUAUCAAAGUGUGAAGUUAACUGACAUUAUCAAUGCAUCAAACUUGAUACAGUCAUCAACAGAUACUUUACCACAAAUACAGAAAAUAACAUCAAAAAAGGAUUUUGUGGAAGAAGAACCUACUGAGGUGCAUCCAUUAUCAGAGCUAAAGUAUAUACACACUAUACCUAAAUUAGUGCCAAUACCCUCUGAUAAGUCAUCAACUAUGUCACAUGCUUCUAGGAGAAGACAUGAUUCUGACAAUGAUCAUCCUACAGAAUAUACAACAAAGAGACGUAAACAUGCUGACAAAGUCGGAAAAGGUUUAAGGCAUUUUUCCAUGAAAGUGUGUGAAAAAGUAAGGACUAAAGGGUUCACCUCAUACAAUGAAGUAGCUGAUGAACUUGUACUUGAGUUUGCAACUGGAAUCCAUGGUUCAGCUGAUAGCCAACAAUAUGAUCAAAAGAAUAUUCGGCGGAGAGUAUACGACGCACUAAACGUAUUGAUGGCCAUGAAUAUUAUUUCUAAAGAAAAAAAGGAAAUUCGGUGGCUUGGAUUACCCACUAACUCAGUGCAAGAAUGCACUUCAUUGGAAAAAGAAAAACAAAGCAAGUUAGAGCAGAUACAGAAAAAGACUCAACAAUUACAAGAACUAAUCUUACAGCAUAUUUCCUUCAAGAGUUUGAUAGAGAGAAAUAAAGAUGCAGAAAACAAAGGAAUAAAGCCAUCGCCUUCUUCAGCAAUCCAUCUGCCCUUUAUUGUUGUAAAUACGAGUGACAAAGCAUUGAUCGACUGUAGUAUCUCAAAUGACAAGACAGAAUACAUGUUUAACUUUAAUAAACGGUUCCAAAUCCACGAUGACAUUGAUAUACUGAAGAGGAUGGGACUGCUUUUUGGUUUAGAUAAAGGAGAAUGUUCAGAAGAAGAUAUAGAAAGAGCGAAAAGUAUGGUUCCGAAAUCAUUAGAAUACUACGUAGAUCAAAUGGGUCGAGGCGUAAUAACGAAACUGUCAUCGUUAUUAGAGGAGGACGACUUAGACGAAGCAGAGGAGGAAGAGGCACUCGACGCGGAAGUGGAAGGCGACGAGGAGCCCGAGGAGGGCGACGCCGCAGACUACAGCGACGCCAGCAGCGAGGAGGUCGACGUGUAGCCGACGCCGCCGACUACAGACGCCAGGGGGGCUACUCCGGGAUGCUGUUUACUUAGUUUCGGGUCUAUCUGUCACCGUCGCUCAUGCUGGCAUCUCGUCAUGCGUGAGAGGGAUGGCAGCAUUCGAAACUUCGUGUCACAAUUCUCGGAGUAGCCCCCCAGUAGCGAGGAGGUCGACGUGUAGCCCCGGCGCCUGUACCAUACUUACGUUACAUACCUGUGCUGAACUCACGCGAUAUGCCACCUAAUCUUAUUUUAUCAAAUCAAACAAAUAGGUGACAACGAUGUUUAGUACAAAUCAAUAUAAGUAUUAUUCCUUAA